AUGAAACAAUACGGAAAGCUGGCUCUGCUGGCGUUUCUUUGCCUUGUGCAAUGGGUAUCUGGUGGACAUGGCUUUGAGACUGACGACGUGAGAACGGUCCGGUUUGGUUUGGAUUUGACGUGGGAGGAUUACGAUGGUGCUGGGUUUACGAGAAAGGCGAUUCUGAGCAAUGGGCAGUUACCGGCGCCGACAUUGCGAUUGCGACAGGGAGAUAAUGUCGAGUUUGUAGUUAAGAAUCAGAUGCCUUUCUCGACUACGGUUCAUUUUCAUGGUAUCGAGCAGAAAGGCACGCCAUGGUCCGAUGGCGUACCAGGACUCUCCCAACUCCCAAUUGAACCCGGUGGCCAAUUUAUCUACAGAUGGAAGGCAACCCAGUACGGCAGCUACUUCUACCAUGCGCAUCGCAGAGGCCAAAUGGACGAUGGUCUGUAUGGCGCCAUUCAUAUCCUGGCAGACGACUCAGUGGAAAGGCCAUUUGACAAGAUCACCAAGGAUCCAGUCGAGCUUUUGCAAAUGCGCGAAUCAGAGAAGAGCUCGCAGCCGAUCUUGUUUUCGGACUGGCGUCGCUUGACGUCCGAAGAAACAUAUCGUACCGAACAAGCUACUGGGCUGGAUGGAUUCUGUACCAACACUAUCCUCAUCAACGGCAAGGGAUCGCAAUACUGUUUGCCGAGGAAGAGGCUUAAUGCGUUGACGUCGGCUGCGCAGAAGAUGUUGCUUGGGAAUAACAAUGUGACGGAUACAGGGUGUAUGCCUCCGAUUGAGAUCCUUGAAGGCCAUUUUUGGCGCAACAUCAGCGCAAUGCCUAAAAGUUUCUACUCCGGUUGCCAGCCAACUCAGGGCCCGACAGAGAUCAUCAAGGUUAACCCAGCUGCACGCUGGGUGAGUUUCGAUCUAAUGACCUCCGCUGGUGUAUCGACACCCACGGCCUCCAUCGACGAGCACAGUAUGUACGUUUACGCGAUUGACGGCCGAUACAUCGAGCCCAUGGAAGUGAACGGCAUCACGAUCAGCAAUGGCGGCCGCUAUUCUGUAUUCGUGAAGCUCGACCAGCCAGCAGGCGACUACACGAUCCGCGCCCCCAACACAGGAAUCAACCAGAUCAUCAACACGACAGCCACCCUGUCCUACGACACCUUACUCAAGACCCAAACACGCCCCUCCAAACCCUGGGUCAACGAAGUCGGCAGCAACACAACCGCCUCCACCAUUCUCUUCGACGAAACAAAAGUCAUCCCCUUCCCCAUCCUCACCCCCGCUCUCUCCGUCGACAACACCUACAAACUAACCGUCGACCACUAUAACGCCUCCUACCGCUGGACCCUCGGCAACACCUCCUUCUCCAUGUCCCUCGAAGACGCAACCCCCCUCCUCUUCAACACAACCUCCUCCCCCACAGACCUAACAAUCACAACCCGCAACGGCUCUUGGGUCGACCUAAUCAUGGUCGUCAAAUCCCCCGUCCAACCACCCCACCCCAUGCACAAGCACUCCAACAAAUUCUUCGUCAUCGGCCAGGGAAACGGCGACUUCAACUACUCUUCCGUGGCAGAGGCGAUGCGGCAUAUCCCCGAGAAUUUCAAUUUCAAGACGCCGCAGAUUAGGGAUACGUUUAAUACGCCUGCGGCGGAGUCGGAACCGACUUGGCUGGCGAUUAGGUAUCAGGUUGUUAAUCCGGGGCCGUUUCUUUUGCAUUGUCAUUUGCAGGUGCAUUUGAGUGGGGGCAUGGCGAUUGCGUUGUUGGAUGGGGUUGAUAAAUGGCCGGUUGUGCCGGAAGGGUAUCGGUUGCCGGUUUUGGAGGAUUAG